AUGGCUGCCUACUACUCACAGCCCCAACCGGCGGGUCUUCUCACUUAUCACCAGUACUAUCAACCGCCUCCUCCGCCACCUCCGCCACCGCUUAUGGCGGUGGUACCACCACCACCCGGCGCGGUUGUCCCGCCGUCGCACCACGUACAUCCGCCGUACGUUGCUCAGCAUCAGCAGCAAGCGGUGUUCGGUUCUUACGGUGCUCCUCAGCCCUCCACCAACGAGGUUCGCACCCUAUUCGUAGCUGGGCUCCCGGAAGAUGUAAAGCCCCGCGAAAUCUACAACCUCUUCCGCGAAUUUCCCGGUUAUGAAUCUUCGCAUCUCCGCAGUCCCACCAAUUCGUCUCAGCCUUUUGCUUUUGCUGUGUUCGCCAGUCAGCAGUCAGCAAUCAUGGCAAUGCAUGCUCUGAAUGGGAUGGUGUUUGAUCUUGAAAAGGGUUCCACACUUUACAUUGAUCUGGCAAAAUCAAACUCUAGAUCCAAACGCACUAGGAUAGAUGAUGAGAGAGCUGGCGCGGAUAAGAAAGCUAGAAGCGUUUCAUCAUCAUGGGCCACUCCCGAUUCUGGUGUUAGCAGCAUUCACAUGCCUGGAAUGGGUAAUCCUGCUUUCAACACGAACACGUAUGGUUAUCCAUCUGCACAAAGUCUUGGGAAUGCUGAUGGGAGUGCUGCGAGUGAUGGCCUAUAUAUGAAUCUGUAUUUGCAUAACAAUGUGUUUGGUUCACAAGGGGCAGCUUAUUGGGCCAAGAGUGUUUUUGGGCUGUCAGAUGUUGGCCCUGGCAGUUUGGUACGUCAGUUUUUGCCUGACCACAAGCUUCCAAAGAAGAAGUCUUCAACUCCUUACAUUCCUCAAAACCCAACGCCAUGUGCAACUUUAUUCGUAGCUAAUUUGGGGCCGUCUUGUAAUGAACAAGAGCUAAUGCAAGUGUUUUCUAGAUACAGAGGAUUUUUGAAACUGAAGAUGCAGAGCACAUACGGGGCCCCAGUUGCAUUUGUGGAUUUCCAGGAUGUCACUACCUCAACUGAAGCUCUAAACAGUUUGCAAGGCACAAUUCUUCACUCCUCACAGACUGGCGAGGGAAUGCGUUUGGAGUAUCCUUUGUUCCAUGAGGAACAGCCAAAUGGCAGAGCAUACUCCCUACAAAUAAAUUAUCCACGAAUGAUUCCAUUCUCUUCACCACCUUCACAUGCUCCAGUUUCAACAUUUUCCGACACUUCCACCAUAUCUUCCAACUACCGGGUUCGGUCGUGUCGCCAAUUGUACCUCACGGAAGUGGGUAAAAAUGCUUUUGGGUUUUUCGACGAAAAAUAUGGGUCCAAAUCACGUCAUGUCCGUUCACAGGGGUCAAAGAGGAAGGAGGGGUCGAGUGAGUGA